AUGCUCUACACUACAUCUGGGCUGGUCUCCAUGGUUGCUGCAAGUCGAGAUGACAUGCCGACGGACGUUUUGCCUCUCAUCUUCGAGCACGCUGAUCGGCGAGAUUUGCAUAUCUGUGCCAGCCUUUCGCGAUCCUUCCAUCGUGCGGCCACCCCCAUCCUCUACCGACGUUUAGAUUCACGUAUCGACACACGAUCACAGCAAUCUGUGGUCUUGCACCCAUCUACAACCUUGUUGGAAAAAAGAGACUAUGCAAGAUAUGUGCGACAUGUGAGGGAAACAAGCGGGGUCGCAUUCUAUACGCCUGGCUUAUUGCCCGGCUGCCGAGAAGCACUCAAUCUGUGCACCAAUUUGGUGUCAUUCUCUUGGAGCGAUGAUUCCGCCGGCGUCAAAUACGACAAGGUUCUGCUUGAUUACUUAGACGUUCUCAAGGGCCUCAACGUCCAGGAACUCACCAUUCAUACCUACCUCGGUUUUAGCGAAGAAGUCUGGUCAAAACUGAAAGAAUUCACAAAUCUUCGCAAAGUCGCUCUGUGGUGUAUGGAAGGCCCACCGCGGAUCAUGCAGGGAUGGUCGGAAAAACUGGGCAGCUCCCUUACCACACUUGAAUUAGGUCGUUGUGCUGGUGUUCCUGCGACGAUCUUGGUCUCAGUUCUCUCAUAUCUGCCUUCCCUCCGAUCACUGCGACUGAAGGGCGCAUCUAGCAGCGCGAUACUGGAAAUCCUCAGUUUACUUCCGAACUUAACUUCGCUCGACACUGAGUACCUCGGAUCCGGCUUGUUGUGGUGUUCGGACGAGCCCUUGGCAUCUCUUCAAGAGCUGACUGUUCGCACGAGCUCGAUAGACGUCCAGGGUCCCGAGCAUUUAUGGCCGUGGAUUCGCCGACUGUUACCCCGGCCUUCGCUGGAGACCUUCACUCUCAAUUCCUUUUCCACUCUGGGCGAUGCGUUCAUUCCCCGCCGGUUUCUCCUCGAUCUCGCCGCUGUGCACCGAUCGACGCUGAAGAGUUUCACGGUGUCCUCUGUACAGCUGACCAUCAAUGACGCCCAGUGUAUCUGCACUUUAUUUCCUGCGCUUGAAAUUCUGACUUUAUCCAUUCCGCUCCCACCUCAGCCGCGCCAAAUCGAAGCGGCGGUCGCGCACGCGCAGCAACUGCGUCAGCUGCGGUUGUAUACAAGCUGGAUGCCCUCUCGUGGCAUGGUUGGGACGGGCACGUCAUUCGGCAUAGAGCACGCGCGAAGCUUGAUAUUGCCGGGCAAAACAUUACGCGUUGUGGGUAUAGGGCGGGUCUUAUACACGGGUCGAUGGGUAAUCGACGCAACUAACCGUCUGGACUUCGAGGUUGUCUGCGAUGUCGUUCGUGACUCGUGGGCGUGA